UUAUAUAUGAGACUAUAGAUGGAGUAAAAAGUACUUUAACAUGCAUUGCAAUCGAUGACAAAUUAAUACAGAGUGGCUCUUGUAGGAAAUUCGUUCAAUUCGGAAUGAUAACACCAUUCCGUUGUGGAGAAUUUUUAGAUUAUUAUUGCUUAGUUGUUAUGGGUCACUUUCUGGUCGCUGGUGGUCACAGAUGACGCGUUUGUGAUGCGCCGCCCAGGAACACAGACAGGAACAAGCUCGGGUAUUUGUUGUUCAGGAAUGGGUGACAUGAAGACUCCAGAUUUUGAUGACCUUUUGGCAGCAUUUGAUAUUCCAGAUAUUGAUGCUAAAGAAGCGAUUCAGUCUGAGUCAGGGGAUCCUGAUGCGAAUCACAACGAAUCCGGUAGCAGUGGAACCAAAGAGAGAAGUGGUGGUUCGUCUCAAAGGCCUAUCGAACCGUCAGAAAUCCGUGAAACUUCUCAUGACCCCACUGUAGUUAGCGUUAUAGUAAAGAACAGCAUAUGUGCUGAUGUAUAUGAAAACACGAGAGAUGAGGAGGAAAAUGCAGCGAGGCAAGUAACCGAUGUUCUGGAUGAAGUGGACAGAAGUAGAGCAGGGGGUCAGCUUUCUCCCCAGGUUGCACACAGCUUGAUGCCGUUGAUUCACAAUGGCUUCAAGACUGUUUCAGGAGGAGUCGUUGAACACUCGCUGCUCACCAGUCAAUCACAAAUGCAACCGAAAGGCCAUCUGUGGUCCCCUUGUUCUCCUAAAAUAGCCAGGGAAGGUGAUGAGAGCAAUCAGGGUGAUGGUCCUGCCAACCCAUCUGCCAACGUUUCACCUCACAUGCCUUUACCUGCAUCUGCUUCUUCCAUCUCUUGCACAAAUUUUAUUGACCUGCCACCUUCCAAGGUUGAGAAAGAUGAAGUAGAGCAUCUUGCAUCUCCUUUCAGUCCUCAAACUCAGCCUGUAAACAGCAGCCCAAGGACAGAGAUUAAUAAAGUGUUAUCUGAAGAUGACGAAUCGGAACCAGACCUUGGAAGCUCUCCACUAAUGAUUCAAGAGAGUCCAGAUGUACCGAUGUCUUCACCUCUCAGGCUUUCAGCCAGACACGGGUCACCUGAUGAGCUUCAGCCUCCUCUGCUUUUCUCUCCAUCUUUGCCUACAAGUAAUACUCAAGCCAAAGAGGCCAGUUCUGUUUCUCCACACGCAACUCCCACUUUGUCCCAUCAGAUGCCCUCACUGAGCAAUGACUUUCUUGAAAAGGUGCACCCAUCCAUACCAGAGGUAUACCCAGAGCACAUUAUUGAAGAAAGAGACUCUCCAGAGAGCCCUGAGCCAGAAAUGCUACCACAUCCACAGCGGAAAAGCUCACCAUCAACCCCUGCACAGGAGCUGGAAGAGAAAGAAACGUCACAGGACAAAACCUUUGAUGUUCCUGAAAAGGACGAGCCUAUGGAGGAUGCAAGAAAUGAACAGGAGCAGAGUAAAUGUGUUGGUGAAAAAGUUGAGAAAGAAAACAUGGUACAGCAAGAAGAAGAGGAACCCACAGUUGUAGUAUCCUCACCAUCUGUCAAAAAUAAACCAGACUCAUCUGCAACACCUUCCAGACCUCUUAAAGUUCGAAUCAAGACAGUUAAAACCCCCACCGGCAACAUCACACGCACUGUUACAAGAAUUGCUGCUAAAGCAGCUGCAGGAGGCGUCUCCAAGGGUCCCGAGGGGACUAAAAUCCCAAUCGGAGGUCGGAAAGGUGUCAGCCGGCCUAAAAGACCUGCAGCAGCCAUGUCCAGCCAGCCUCAGGACUCAAAGACUGCAAUGUUUCCAGUGUCAACUUUACAGGAUGCCAGUUCAGCCAUGCUAUUUGCAGCUAGCAAGGCACAGAAAGUGGCCUAUAGUGUCACAAAGACUUCAACUUCAUCAUCUCCUUCCUCUUCAUCUCCUUCCUCUUCUGCCAUCAAUAUUUGCUUGAUGGGGCAAAAAACACUUGCUGUGCCUUCCAGCAAGCCGGCAUCCAUUGUAAACAAUCCUGGAGCUGUGAUCUCCCGUAGCCAGUCGAGUCUAGUAGAAGCCUUUAACAAGAUUCUCAACAGUAAGAAUCCGCUGCCCAGCUACCAGCCGGAUCUUUCCAUUCUGCCUCGCCCCGAGUGGGGCCUUGGCGUCCCUGCUUCCGGAUACCGUUGCCUGGAGUGUGGGGAUGCGUUUGCUCUGGAGCGCAGCCUGGCACGCCACUACGAUCGGCGCUCUUUGCGCAUCGAGGUGACCUGCAACCUCUGCACGAAACGGCUGGCCUUCUUUAACAAGUGCAGCCUGCUUUUGCAUGCUCGUGAGCACAAGGAGAAAGGACUGGUCAUGCAGUGCUCACACCUUGUCAUGAAACCUGUCAGUGUGGAACAGAUGAUUGGCCAACAGGAUACUAUACCCAUAGGUAUGCUUUCUCCAUCUCUGCUGGGCUCCACUUCCUUGCCUGGGUCCCUUGAUAUUUGGUGCCCCGAGUGUAAAAAUUCAUUUGGCUCAAAAGAAAAACUAGCCACACACUUCCAGGAAUCGGAUCCGGGGGGCAUAGACACAUGCUGCAUGCAGUGCUCUCCUCCAAUGCCUCUGUGGAAUCCCUGCAGUGCUGCUGCCCACCAGCGACUCCACCAGAAGCUCCACCCUCUCGUCUGCCCUGAGUGUGGAUUCAUCUGCCAGCUAAAUGGUCUUAACACGCACGUGCGUCGAGCCUGCCUACAUUACACACGCCAGCUCGGAUACAGGUGUCCCUGUUGUCAGCUGGUGUUCGGAGGUGUGAAUAGUCUGAACGCGGUCAAAAAUCACAUGCACACAGCACAUUCUGAAGUCUUCCAUAAAUGCCCCUCUUGCCCAAUGGCCUUCAAAUCUGCCUCCAGUGCUGACACUCACUGUAGCACCCAGCACCCUCAGCUCACAGAGAAAACCAAGCAAUCCAAGGAGAUCUAUAAAUGUGUGAUGUGCCGGACGGUUUUCACUCAGAAAGCCUUGCUGAACGUCCAUUUCGACAGUCAUCUAGUGACGCAGAAGGUUAAUGUGUUUAAAUGUCCAGAUUGCCACAAGCUGUUUACACAGAGGACGUCACUCCUGGAGCAUGUGAAGGCUUCACACAGGAAGUCAGCGGCUCAUCUGACGCAGAAGAGCUCGGGGAAGAUGGAGAGCUCAGAUGGAGAGGAAUGGAGGAAAGAGGAAGAUGAGGAUGGUGAGGGAUGUCCAAAAAAGAAGAAGAGGAGCUCUGCUGCUCCCAGUGCUCAGAACUGGAGCUGCACAGAGUGUCAGAUAAGCUACACAGACAAAGAGAGCUACAUCACCCACAUGGCUAAACAGCACAGAAAGGAGCUAAAGCGGUUCCCAUGCACACUGUGUGAAGGCUCCUUCUCCUCCUCCUCAAGUCUGAGACGUCACAUCCGAGUUAAACACAAAGGCAUCAAGAGGUCUUUCUCCUGCCAGUUAUGCACUGGGAGCAAAAAGAGUUUCAGCAGUAAGCUGGUCCUAGAAAAACACAUGCAGAUUCAUCACGGAGGACAACGAGCAGCAAACAGUCAAAGACCGACUUCCACCUUUCCAGGUGUUCCUCCACCUGCUCUCUACUCUACUACAGAUCACAAUGUCAUCCACAAGCAUCAUUGUCCACGGAGAUUCCUGUCUGACUUCAUCUGUCAACCUGUCCAUCACCAUAGCAAACAAGAACGGGCCCAAAGCCGAUCCCUGAUGUAGCCCUACCUCCACCUUGAACUCCUCUGUCUGACCUACAGCACAUAUCACUGCUCUCAUACAUAUCCUCUCAUACACUCUGACGUACUUCUCUGCCACUCCUGACGUCCUCAUACAGUACCAUAGCUCCUCUCUCAGCACCCCAUCAUGCGCUUUCUCUAAAUCCUAAUAGUGCGGCUCCUUCUGACCAUCUCUGUACUUCUCCAUUAACAUUCUCAAAUAGAAUCGAUAGAAACCCCACUGCUGUCUCUCCUAGACACGUCCAUCUGGACCAACACUUCCAUCUCAGUGCCUUCUUCACCCCAUCCUUUCUAAACUUUCCUAUAUCUCGCUCUAUUUACCUCCUCCCCGAUUCUUCUUUCCCUCUUCCCUGCACACUCUCCUCACCUGUCAGUGCCUGUUGUUCAUCCUUUCCAUCUCAAGCUUUCCAUCUCAUCGUAUGCUUUCUGUUUCUCCUUGGCCACGCCCCUCUUCACUCUGCGUUGCGAUUCGUUGUAAUCCUGUCUACAUCGUUCAGUCCUUUCUACAUCCCACUUCAUCUUAGCUAGCCUCUUUCUCUGAAUGCUGUCCCGUACCGUGUUUCCUUAUCUUCUCGUCUCCUUCCAGAUGACACACCUAGCAUCCUCCUACCUGUCUCCCUGAUCACUUCUGCUGUAGGUUCCCCAGUCAUCUGGAAGCUCUUCCUGAUCACCCAAAGCCUGUCUCAGCUUCUGUCCGUAUUCCUCACGACAUUCUCGUCUUUCUCCUGCCCACCAGAGACGUCUUACACAUCACCAUCCGAUGCUGUCUCGCUACACUCUCUCCUACAACCACUUUGCAGUCACUAAUCUCUCUCAGAUUGCCUUGUCUAUAUAGAAUGUAGUCUACCUGCGUACUCCUACCUCCACUCAUAUAUGAUUCUACGUUCCUCUGUCUCCUGGAAAUCAGUCUUAACUACGGCCAUUUCCAUCUGCUUAGCGAAGUCCACCACCAUCUGUCCUUCUAGGUUCCUUUCCUUAACACCAAACCUGCCCAUCAUCUCCUCAUCACCUCUGUUUCCUUCACCAACACGUGCCUAUUAAAGUCUGCUCUAAUCACUACUCUCUCCCAUCUGGAAUACUCUCAAUCAUCUCAUCCAGCUCACUCCAGAAUCUCUCCUUCUCUUCUAACUAACAGCCUACUUGUGGAGCAUAACCACCGAUGACAUUCAACAUCACCCCUUCAGACUGAUUACCAUCUGACACGUUUUUCACCUCUAAAACAUUCCACACAAAACUCAUCCUUCAGGUUCACUCUCUUCCUAUCCACACCGUAAUAAAACGGUUUGUAUCCCCCUCCGAUACUACAGUACGUGCUUUGCUCUCCUUCCGCCUGGUCCCCUGCACACACAGUAUAUCUACCUUCCUUCUCUCCAUCAUGUCUGCCAGCUCUCUAUCGUUCCCUGUCAUUGUACCAACAUCAGACUUUCAACAUCAGUAUACUCAGACCUAUACACCUACUUUUCCUCUUCUCUCUCUGGCUACAAACACCCUUCUCCCUCCUCUCCUUCCUCGACCAACAGUAGCCUGAUUUCCGCAUGCAUCCUCUCCGGUGCAGAAUUCUCACUGACGACUCGUACGUUUAAAUUUGCCACGUUUUAUGGAAGAUGAACGCAACCCUCUUUAUUUAUCCGAGUUUGGGACCGGCACAGAAAUCACUGACUUGCAACUAGAGGUCUUCUCGGGUCUAAAGAAUGCACCCGACCCGAAGUGACCCGAAUCACUUUUUACUCGAACCCGAAGUGCAUA